AGAGGAGAAGAAAGAGAAACCAGGGGGGCGAGGCGCCGUCCAAUGACAAAGCCCAGGGGUGGGCGCCGGCCGCCAUCUUGUACCGGGCGGCAGGAUCUUCACCCGCGUCCUCCGCCCUCGGAGGGGGAGGGGCGGAGGCGGCGAGAAAAGUAACGAGAGACGCGCCGGCCGGGGAGGCGCCAGCGGCGGCCGCCGCCGCAGAGCCGAACGCGGGCGGGGACGACGGCGGCGGCGCGACCCGGCGAACGCGGGCGGCCGCGAGCGGCCUCCGAUGCGGCGCAGCGUGAAGAGGCGGCGGCGCCGGCCCCCGGCAGCCCCGGCCGCGGCCGCCCGGGGCGGCGGCUUUAGGGCGGGAGCAGGGCCCGAGCUGGAGGCGCGGGAGGAGAAGGUGGUAUACUCGCGGUCUCAACUGUCGCUGGCCGACAGCACCAAGGCGCUGGGCGACGCCUUCAAGCUGUUCAUGCCCCGCAGCACGGAGUUCAUGAGCUCGGACGCGGAGCUCUGGAGCUUCCUCUGCAGCCUUAAGCACCAGUUCUCCCCGCAUAUCCUGCGCAGCAAGGACGUCUACGGCUACUCCUCCUGCCGGGCCCUGGUCCCCGACCCCCCGGGACCCCCCGCUGCCCGCGGCCGGACACGCAGGCCAGCACCGAGUGCGGCGGCCAGGAGGAGGCGCCGCGGAGCCCGGGCGCCCGCCGCCCGCCGGAGGAAGCCCCCGCCACCGCCGCCGCUGUCGCCGCUGCCGGCCCCCGAGGAGAGCUGCCCUGCCAAGCCCGCGGCGCCCGGGCCCUGCUUCGGGGGCCGCACCCUGGAGGAGAUCUGGAGGGCGGCCACCCCGACGCUGACCACCUUUCCCACCAUUCGCGUCGGCGGCGACGUGUGGGGCGAGCGCAGCCUGGCGGCGGCGCGGCGCCGGGCAAGCCAAGUCCUGCGAGUGAACCUGGAACCCGUGGUGAGGCUCCGCCGCUUCCCCGUGCCCCGGGCGUGAAACGCAGCCCGCGACGGCUUCCCGGCCAGGGACGGGGCUUCCGCCUGGAGGGAUGGACAAGUGUCAGUCGAGUGUUUACAGAUCCGGCCAGGACCCCGUCCCCUCGUGCACUUUACGGGCAAAGAAGUCACCGGAUGCUUUUCCCGGCCUCGCGGCGCCGCCGUCUGGGGCUCAGGGACAGGUGUGCCCUCCGCUGCCUCCUGGCGCCCGGGCUGCGGAGGAGGAGACAGCCGGACCCGCAGGGGAGGGCCCUAUGCUUCCUUACCCCGGACUGAGACAUCUCCAGGACUGGAGGGGCAGAUCCGUUUUCUCCCUUUGGACUCUACCUCACUGGUCUGGAAGUUCUCUGAAGAAGUCGUUAUUUUUCCAAAGGAAUUUGGUUUCGUGUUUGUGUAAUAAAGCCAGAAUCUACUUGCUUUCCCCCCAAAUCCUCCCCCCACCCCAUUUUUCUUUGCAACUGCCACCCCUCUUUCUGGACGAAAGAUUGAACCUGUUUUGUACUCAGGGUAUUCUGAAUCCCAUUCGUUUCCUAAUUUUAACCGGAUUCCAAAGCUCUGACCAAGGAUAUUUUUCUAAGAGAUUCAAGCUUAUGACUGUAAUAGUGCAAGGAUUUGUAUGCUUUGAAUUCCAUGGGCUCAGUGAUUACAAACAAAGAGAUGCAAAGUACAACUGUUUGAACAUUUUUGAGGUGUUCCUAAAGAUUUUAUAUUGAAAUUUAAUGUUUAUAUUUACUGAGCUCCUAAAUAAAAUGGUAUAAACUCAUAUGAAGUUCUGUUUAGGAAAAGCUGACUUGUUAAGAUUCUUUUUAAUUAAAUAAAAAUUAAAGUGCAUUGAAACCACAUGGCUUGUGAUAAAGAAAAAUUAGUUAUAAAGAACUGGUGUUGGUUAAAGAGAUGGAUGGAAUCCUAUUGGAAAUGAUUUGGCUUCAUUGUACUGGUCUAACAUACAAAUCCAGGAAUAGUUGAAGGAUAACCUAUUUUAAAUUGCAAAUAGCAGAGAAGAAAUAAAUGUGUUCAAACUUUGUGAUUAAAAUGAUAAACAGAAUACCCAUUAGAAUUCUCAGAACUAUUAGUCAUCUAGAGGGGUGGGGGCAUUUCUUGGUAUCAAAUAACUGGUUGAAGUUACUUUGGGCAAAAUAGAUCUCUUUCUUUACUUUCUGUUGUUGGAUAGCAAGAAAUGCCCAGAAUAAUAUCCAUUAUUCUUAUAAACAUUAUGACAAUUAGUUGACUUUUGCUCCAUGAGUUAACUUUUUAAAAAAUCUUAAUUCCAUUUGUAAUUAUGUUUGUAGUUACCGGUCUUUGUUGACAGCUGAAGACCACAGGAAUCGUUGAUCAGGCGAGUCACACAGUACUGACCCUUCUUUUACACUUUUAUAAUAGCAUUUAUACCAUAUGGCCCAGUGUGGAAUUCUUGAUUAUCCAAGUGCCUUUGGUCAUUGGUGGCAGCAAGACUUAAUGGUUUUUAGCCAGUGGUGCCACAGCCAGAUUUUACUGCAAUAUCUAAAGGGUCAAGUAGUGUUUUGUACCACUAUUUUUCAAAUUUAAGUAUUCUGCCAUGGAAUGAUUCAUACUGGCUAGAACUUGACAUACGAUAUCCUUAAUAUUAAGGCUUAUCUCUGCUUGGCAGCUUCUUAGGAGAAUUAUUUUAAUAAGAGUUGCAAUUUUGACUCUUGCGAUCUUAGAAUUCAAAUGCUAUUGCUUUCUGAAUUGAAAAUUUCAACUUUAAUAGUCCAUAAGUAGGAGUUUUGUGACUUUAAUUUCAGUGUACUUGUUUUGUAAAAAAAAAAAAAAUUAUAUAUAUAAUAUGACUUUAUGCCAGUUUCCCAGUAUGCCUCGUAUUCUUUUAUUCACUACUCAAUGAAAAUGCAUUGUUACCGACACUGUCACACGAAUAAAUAAAAGUGGAUAAUUACUUAGAUGAUGAAGAGUGUUAAAUUAUAUCUUUGUGAAAGGAAGCUUAUAUAUAUUCUUUUGGUUAUUAGCUUCCAUUGCCAAUCGUAUUUCAGAUACAGUAGAGUUUUCUCCUCCCUCCCCCUGCUACUGAAUUGUUACCAUUUUUUUAGCAAACUAGCCCCUGAGGAAAAAAAUAUGUAUUUGUACCACUCACUAUUGUAUAUAGUUUUAUAAUAAAUUCAAUGGCCAUAUUAGAAUGUGAUUUCAACAUAUAGCUUAUCUAAUAAUUUCACAGAGGAUUUUGAAAUUAGACCUAGCUGGGAGGAUAACUUUGCUCAGCACAAAACUGAAACAACUAUUGACACCAUGCAUUUUAACUGAGAUUCUUAACAUUUUUUCCUCAUGCCUUGUUACUUUAGUGCUCUUGAACUAGCAUAAAUGCUUCUUUGGAUUGUCUGGGCUAUCUGAUUUCAGUUUGGGUUGGAUUGCCCAUCUUGAAUUCAAUAUAUUAUUUAUCUGGUUUAUUUAAAAAUCAUGCCAUUUCUAGUUUGUGAAAUGAGAUGUAAAAAAAACUUUUAUUUUUGCCAAGUGUUCUUUAGCCAAACGUAUGUUACAUCUUCUAAAAUGUGAAGAAACAACUAAUAUAGAUGGUUGGUGUGUUAAUAGGAAAGUGAAAGUAUUCAUGGGUACAUUGGGCAGAAUGUGGAAAGGAACUUGGCAAGGUGGCCUUUCUGGUGAGGCAUCCAUUUCCUGUCCUCUAAAGUAAGUCUGUAGCUUAGCUUGUAUAUAGUUUUUUAAAAGACAUCCCAUGAUCUUUAUUCACUCUCUUAUAAGAUUAUCUUCUAUCUCGUAUGGCACAAAUAGGGAAGCUAGGAGGAAGUUUAUCACCUCACUAUGCUUUUAUUUAAUUUUUAACUCUUGAGUGCCUAAAUAUGGUGACUGGCACCUCAGCUAACUUUUUGAGAUUCCUGAUGUCAUUUUUAUCCUCCUUCCUGUCAACCAGCAACUUAUUUUUCCAUGCUGAAAUCAGUAAUGUCAUGAUUGUUGAGGGUAAGCUUUGUUGUUGAUAGUGCAAAGUGUUGCUGUUGUGGUGUGUAUUUAUUUUGUCAAAGUUUGAGUCCCCUGUUGGACACGUGUAACUAAGCUGGUGGCUGACACCUAUUGAUUUGCUACUUGCAAAUGAUACUACUAUUUUUCUGAAAACUCAUUCAGUUAAAAAAACAUCAAAAAUAUUUGAAUACAAAAAAAUGAGGUUUUGAAUUCAAAACUUUGUUGUUUUAAGGGUUGCCACAGCACUCUUUAAAUUGGUGGGUUUUGGUGGACAUAUAUACAUAAUAUUUACUUUAUUGGUGUGUUUGAAAUAUUUUUUGAUAGACUGUUAUGUCUUAAGUGCAUUUGAAGGCAAUUGUUUGUAAUGGAACCGAAUUGUUUCCUUGGACAGUUUGAUGUGCAUAUGAUUAAGAUUUAUAAUCUGGUUGUACUUUGCUUUUUAAUUUAUUAACUGUAAAUAAAUUUUAGAGAAUA